AUGUCUCCCAACUACGCGAUGCACCACGGCCCUGAAUUCGCCAAUGGAAACCACUUAACAGUCCGCAAAGCCAAUGCCAACCUGGACGAUGAAUCCUCUGCACUUGCAGAGAAGUACCUCGAUGCCAAUUCUGUGAAACCAAUGCUGUCAGAAUUUGUCAAGAAUUCCGAUCUCUUCCGUCUUCUCUAUGAAGUGUUUGAACACCAUAUUUCACUGGUCAAGUCCCGCUCGCAGGCCUUAGGGGACGGCCAGAUCACUGUUUACGAUAAGGCUCUGCUUGAAUUGAUUGACAAGGGCGCUGAAACGUGUUACAUGGGUGCAAUCCAGUUGUUCCUUGAUCAGGUUAUGGGGAUGGAAGGCGCUGAAGCUGCCGACCUGGAGGCCCUGGUUGUCAAACAUGUGGCUGUCAGGAGUCUAUUGUUGAACGUAACCCGCACCAAUGGUCAGGAAGCCACCGACCCCAUCCCAGCCCUUCUCAAAAAGGGUGCUAUAAACGGCAGCGCCCCUGGCCAAACCCACAAGGACAAGAACGGCCCACGCAACAACGCAAAGGAGCUCAAAACCAUCAACGACAGCCUUUCCCGCAUCCUCUCUACUUUUUCCAAUGCACAGCGAGAGUACAAGUUAAUCCCAGAUAGCGAUGUCGUCGCGAAGUCCCGCGCCGCGAAAUUUCUCCGCGACACCGCUGAAAACGCCCUCAACUACCUGCAUGCCCGCAAGAUGGAGCAUGCCAUGGUCCCGACGCUGGAGGCGGCGUUCCAGAUGGCGAAGGAGAAGGCGAUCGCGCUUAGUGGGGGCAGGAAACGGCCCUUUGAGAUUCAUGAGGCUGAUUGUAAGCGUGGAGGAGGGAAGCCUGCUUCAUCGAUGUCGUCAUCGGCAUCGCGGUUUGCGAAGCGUCGGUCUCAGCCGCACUGCUACCGUGCGUCCCGUCCUAGAGGUGAUUGCUACCGUCCAUACUAA